AUGUCCAAAGUAAAACAAGAACUGUGUGUAAUAACUUAUAUGUGUCCGACACAUCCAGUGGAAUUGUAUGAACUAGUUUUAGAACUUUUGGAGGAGGCCCUGGAUUGUCACGCAGUGUUACAAUACGAAAGCCGAAGUCCUGGCCCGAUUCCUGGACGACCUGAUCCAUUCUCCACUAAUAAAGUAGAUUUAGCGUUCAUGACCGCAGCGGCCUAUAUGAAGUUACGCGACACUAAAAAUGAGUUUAUAGAGUUACUUCCGGUCACUCCGGUGUUCGCCCAUCAAAUGAAUGUAGAAAACAAACCCGGCUACUUCUCCGACAUAAUCAUACACAGCGAUAAAAAGGCUCACAAUGUUAAUACUUUAUUGGAUUUAAGAGGAUGUACGUUUGCAUGCAGCAAUGAGGAAUCCCUCAGUGGAAGUAAAAUUGUGCUCAAAACAUUAAAAGAAAAAGGGGAAAACGCUUCUUUCUUUGGAUCACUACUAAAGUCUGGUUCGCAUUUGGCAUCGGCACAAAUGGUGUUAUCUAAGCAGGCCGAAUGGGCAGCAGUUGAUUCAACAACACUUCUAUAUUCAAAGAAAUUUAUGCAAGACCGAGGCAAGGAGAUUAUUACCUUGGAAACUUUGGGGCGUUUGCCGCCCUAUCCAAUUGUAGUUAACUCCAGACUACCAGAUGAAACCAAAAAUCGCAUUACUGAAGCUUUAUUGAAUUUGCCUCAUUCUAUACAGUGGAAGAAAAGAUUUGCAAAAUUUGGUCUAAUAAAAUUUGAUAGAAACGACAAUGGUGCGUACGAUGGGCCGGCUUCACAGAUGUGGGCCAUCCAAAAGGAAAAACUCAAUGUUAGAUAUUAU